GGGUUACAGUACAUACACUGGACUCAUAUUAGACCACCAGCAUGAGGGUCUGGAUUUUGAUCUGUGCUGUAGCUCUGCUGUGCUCAGCUGGAGAAGAGGUUGUCAGACUGCAGGAGCUGGAGGGAAACACUGUAACCCUCCAUACUGGAAUAACAGGAGUUCAGAGUGACCAGAUAAUGUGGUUGUAUGAAUCUGAGAAUGUAGACCUCAGGAGAGUGGAUAGUCUGGUCAUUAGAGGGGAGAUUAUUACAGACUCUUACAGUGAGAGAUUCAGAGACAGACUGCAGCUGGACAGAAACAGUGGAUCUUUAACCAUCACAAACAUCAACAGAGAAGAUUCUGGAGUUUAUAUGUUACAAAUCAGUUGUGAAAGUGUCUCAGCCUGGAGUUUCAGUGUUAAUGUCUAUGCUCCAGUAUCAAAGCCAAUCAUAAAAAUUAAACUUGAAAAAUGCUCAGUGAGUCGCAGAGACCUUUAUUUCCUGCUCUGCUCUGUGGAGAAUGGGAAGGAUGUGAGUUUGUCCUGGUAUGAAGAGAAAGAGAGAAUCUCCAGCAUCAGUAGCUCAGAUUCCAGUGAACGUCUUUAUCUUCCUCUGAAUGUAACCAACCCCAACAACUCUACUUACACCUGUGUAGCUGCUAAUCCAGUUAGCAAUCAGACAACCCAGCUCAACAGUACAGGUCAUUAUCAUCACACAGCUGAGUUUGUGGUCAGACUGGUGCUCUCUGCUAUGGUGGUCCUGGCCACCAUCUCCAUCUUGCUUUAUCACUUCACAUCCAAAAUAGUGAUGAAUACUCCAGUAUCGAAGCCAAUCAUAGGAAAGCAGACUGAAAAGCGCUCAGUAAAUCCCAGAGUGUCGUGUUCUCCUCUGUGCUCCGUGGAGAAUGGGAAGGAUGUGAAUUUGUCCUGGUAUGAAGAGAAAGAGAGAAUCUCCAGCAUCAGUAGCUCAGAUUCCAGUGCACAUCUUUAUCUUCCUCUGAAUAUAAUCAACCCAAACAACUCUACUUACACCUGUGUAGCUGCUAAUCCAGUUAGCAAUCAGACAACUCAGGUCAACAUUACAGAACUCUGUGAUGUUAAUGCAGGUCUGCUGUGCUCAGCUGGAGAAGAGGUUGUCAGACUGCAGGAGCUGGAGGGAAACACUAUAACCAUCCAUACUGGACUAAAAGGAAUUCAGAGUGAUGCUCAGUUCCUGUGGUUUCAUCACCCAGAGAAUUUAGAUAUAAAGAUAGUAAACAGUCUGGUCAAUGAUGGAGAGAUUAUUACAGACUAUUACAGUGAGAGAUUCAGAGACAGACUGCAGCUGAACAGAACCAGCGGAUCUUUAACCAUCACAAACAUCAGCAGGGAAGAUUCUGGAGUUUAUAUACUACAGAUCAUUACUGGAAGAUCCUCCGAAUGGAUGUUUAGUCUUAAUGUCUACGCUACGGUGUCCUCUCCCUACAUUACAAGACUCUCAGUACGUGGUCCUUCAUUCUCCGCAUCAACAUCUGGAUCCAGAUGUUCAGUGCUGUGCUCUGCAGAAAGUCAGAGAGGAAUGACUCUGUCUUGGUUUAAAGGGAGAGAGAUACUGAACCAGACCAGUGAUUCUGAUCAUAGUGAUAAACUCACUCUUCAUCUGGAGGUGAGUGAUGAAGAUCAGGACAUCUAUAACUGUGUGACUGCCAACCCUGUCAGCAACCGCACAUCCAAACUCAACAUCACAGAGAUCUGCUCCCAUGAUAAUGGUGCCACUGAGGUAUGUGGUCUCACUGAGUCCAUGAUUCGAUUAGCAUUCUCUGUUCUGCUGGCAGUGGUCACUGUAGUUCUACUGAUUGAUCACUCUAGAACAUAUUCGGAAGGAAGGAACACUACAACUCACAAACAGUGCCCUCCAUCACAGGAAGCUGACCCCCUUGAAACUCUACCUGCAGCCUUCAUGGUUGAUGAUUCUUGA